AUGAAAAAGCAUGUAUGGACUCAGGUGUAUAAGCCGUACGUAGGCUUACAUACGUUCACUAUAUUACCCAUCGUAUUGAGACCCAGGAGUCGGGGUUGGAUACGACUGGAGACCGCCGACCCCUACGCUCAGCCGCUAAUAGAGCCCAAUAUCUUUGACUCGGAUCAGGACCUCAAUGUGUUGGUGGAGGGCAUGAAACUGGCCCUCAAAGUGGCCAAAACACCCGCCCUUCGCGCUUACAACGCCCAGCCCUUUCAGACCACAUUUCCCGGCUGUGAGGGACUGGAGCUCUACUCAGAACCUUAUCUCAGGUGUAUGGCCCGGGUAUAUACUAUAACAUCGUGGCACCCGUCGGGCACCUGUAAAAUGGGCUUUAAAACAGAUCCCAGUGCUGUCGUGGAUCCCAUGGGUCGGGUGUUUGGCGUGCGUGGGCUCCGGGUGGUGGACGCGUCCGUUAUGCCAAACGUCGUGUCCGGCAAUACUAACGCUCCGACUAUUAUGUUGGCCGAGAAGAUGGCCGAUCACGUGAAGGGUCGCCGACUUAAGCCGUUUGUACCGCCGAUGACUAGGGCUAUGAUCGCACGGUUACCUUACAUGCCGUAUGAGGACUGGCAUUUCAGUCUGUUAUACUAG